AAAAACAGUGCCAGCAAAUCAAUUGUCCCAAAGCCAACAUUUUUCUCCCAAAGUCCCAGUCACACCGCUUGCCAGUUCACCCUCCAUCCCGUUCACUGACCUGUUUUUGUCACGUCACCGCUGACGGUGGAUUAACGGCGACGUUUGAGUUGUCCAUUGCCGUUAAAAUAGCACCCCUGUUCAACAAGUUUACAGUAGAAUCAGCCCACUUCAGGCCCAAUUCUAACUCUCCAAAAGUCUAAAAGAGAAGUUCUCUCUAGCUCUCGCUCUUUCUCUCUCUCUUGCGUUAUACAUUUUCUUUACCCAGAAAGACUUCUCUCUAUAGAAUUCAUGUCGGACACUGGUCGACCAUUGCCAAAAUUUGGUGAAUGGGAUGUUAAUGACCCUGCUUCAGCUGAGGGAUUUACUGUGAUCUUUAACAAGGCUAGGGAUGAGAAGAAGACAGGUGGCAAACCAGAGUCACCUGCACAGGUUGAUUCUCAUAUCAAGCCUGGAGUCGAUCCUGGCAAACCUCAGGUUCUAAAAAAAAUGGUUUUGCUGCAUUCAGAGCCCGGCUGCAGAUUCUUGACAAUGCCAUUUCCCCGUAAGAGCUUCAAUGAAGGAGUAAUUUCAUGUAUAAGUGUCCCCACCAUAUAUUUAGUAAAGAAGUUAGAAGCUGUAGAGUGAUGAUGAGUCCUGCUGGAACUUGUUAUGUUGUAAGACUGAAUUGUGGGGAAAAGGGCGAAUACGUAAUUAUUGUAUUUAUCAAGAUGCACUCAUCUCUUUCCUAAUCUAUACUUCCUCGUGUUAUUAGUUGUAGAGCUUUUGAGGCAUUUUGUUUCUUCUGUUGUAUUUGGUAAACGGGCUUUGUUUGUGAAAUAUACAUAUUUUCAAGUUUCUUUUCCAAGGAAACUACUUCAAUAUAGUGCAUAAAAUGAUAAUUGGAAAA